UCGCGCAAGCCUCGAACCCAGACACAACCAUUGAUUUGUCUCGUGUACUCUUAUCGUGAAACAAACGUGAAGUGUAGCUUAAGAAAUUUCACAAGUGACAUCGGGUGUAUCAUUCUGUGAAAACGAACAUCACAUAAACGUAAUACAUCCUAUAUAUUAUUUAUUCAGAUUGGAGUACCAAAGGUAGAUCCAUGAUGGCGGACACAUGAAGGCCGCGUUCGUGUUCUUGCCGAUGAGAUCCUCUCUUGACGUUGUUUUGUUUCGCUGAUUUGCUGAUCCUCAAAGUGAAAUCUGUCCCCCGUGGGACAACUGUGACAAGAUAACCAAAUUCAGGCAAGAUAGAAAUCGCGCGAGACGUAAUCUUUAAGCGGCGGAUACAGAUUUUGCAGUUUUGCCUUCGUGUUGAUUAACGUAUUUUAACGAAGCACCGAUGCAGGCUCAGCAACAACAGCAACAGCAGCAAGGCCACCAGCAAAUCGCCGGGGCUAGUGUCAUCCUCAAAAUGAACGAAAUUCAGCAACUUUCAACAGUUGGGUUACUGGAACUCGCACACAGAGAAUAUCAAGCUGGAGAUUAUGAAAAUGCAGAAAGACAUUGUAUGCAACUUUGGCGGCAGGAAACAAACAAUACUGGAGUUCUUCUGUUACUUUCAUCGAUACACUUUCAGUGUCGCAGGCUAGAAAAGUCAGCCCACUAUAGUAGUUUGGCGAUUAAGCAAAAUCCUUUGCUAGCGGAAGCAUACAGCAACUUAGGAAAUGUAUACAAGGAACGUGGUCAACUGCAGGAAGCAUUGGAGAACUAUCGUCAUGCUGUUAGGUUGAAACCUGAUUUCAUUGAUGGUUACAUCAAUUUAGCAGCAGCCCUUGUUGCUGCUGGGGACAUGGAACAGGCUGUACAAGCAUAUGUCACUGCUCUGCAAUACAACCCUGAUCUUUAUUGUGUGCGGAGCGAUCUUGGUAAUCUUUUGAAAGCAUUAGCAAGACUUGACGAGGCUAAGGCUUGUUAUCUGAAGGCGAUCGAGACGCGGCCUGACUUUGCCGUCGCUUGGAGCAAUCUCGGUUGCGUUUUCAACGCUCAGGGUGAGAUAUGGCUUGCCAUUCAUCAUUUCGAAAAGGCUGUGGCUUUGGAUCCUAAUUUCCUGGACGCCUACAUCAACCUUGGUAACGUCUUGAAGGAAGCCCGUAUCUUUGACCGAGCUGUUGCUGCGUAUCUCCGUGCCCUGAAUCUUAGUCCGAACAAUGCAGUCGUUCAUGGAAACUUGGCCUGCGUCUACUAUGAGCAAGGGCUUAUCGAUCUCGCUAUUGACACUUAUCGUCGAGCUAUUGAACUUCAGCCAAACUUCCCGGAUGCAUAUUGCAACUUGGCCAAUGCACUCAAGGAGAAGGGUCAGGUGGUUGAGGCUGAGGAAUGUUACAAUACUGCCCUGCGCCUGUGCCCCACCCAUGCUGAUUCCCUUAAUAAUCUGGCCAACAUAAAACGCGAACAAGGUUACAUAGAGGAAGCCACACGCCUGUAUCUCAAGGCUUUGGAAGUAUUCCCCGAAUUUGCAGCAGCCCACAGCAACCUCGCUUCCGUCCUACAGCAGCAAGGAAAAUUAAAUGAAGCCCUCAUGCAUUACAAAGAAGCUAUCCGCAUCCAGCCGACUUUUGCAGAUGCGUACUCGAAUAUGGGUAACACCCUAAAGGAGAUGCAAGAUAUUCAGGGUGCUCUUCAAUGUUACACAAGAGCUAUUCAGAUCAAUCCAGCAUUUGCCGAUGCCCAUUCCAAUCUAGCAUCGAUUCACAAGGACUCCGGAAACAUCCCGGAAGCCAUUCAGUCCUACAGAACAGCUCUCAAAUUGAAGCCCGACUUCCCCGAUGCAUAUUGCAAUUUGGCCCAUUGCCUGCAAAUUGUCUGCGACUGGACCGAUUACGAAGCUAGAAUGAAGAAACUUGUUUCCAUCGUGGCCGAGCAACUGGAUAAAAACAGACUUCCCAGUGUGCAUCCUCAUCAUUCCAUGCUGUAUCCAUUGUCUCAUGAAUUCAGAAAGGCAAUUGCUGCCCGACAUGCCAACCUGUGCAUUGAAAAAAUUCAUGUUUUACACAAACAGCCAUACAAAUACCCGCGAGAGGUUAAUUCUCGCCUCAAAAUCGGUUACGUAUCCUCCGAUUUUGGUAAUCAUCCUACCAGUCAUCUUAUGCAGUCAAUUCCUGGUCUCCAUGAGAAACAAAACGUUGAGGUUUUCUGCUACGCUCUAAGUGCCGAUGACGGGACGACCUUCCGUGCUAAGAUUGCCAGGGAAGCCGAACACUUCAUCGAUCUCUCUCAAAUUCCGUGCAAUGGAAAGGCGGCCGAUCGCAUAAAUGGAGACGGAAUUCAUAUUUUGGUGAACAUGAAUGGUUACACAAAAGGUGCCAGGAAUGAAAUCUUCGCCCUGAAACCAGCUCCCAUCCAAGUGAUGUGGCUAGGAUAUCCAGGAACAUCUGGCGCCAGUUUCAUGGACUAUCUGAUUACUGAUGAAGUAACGUCACCCUUAGAACUGGCUACACAAUACAGCGAGAAAUUAGCGUACAUGCCGCACACGUACUUCAUCGGCGAUCAUAGACAAAUGUUUCCGCAUCUGAAGGAACGGCUGAUCCUGGCUGAUAAACUCAACCUCAAAGGCAAAGUCGCUGACAAUGUGGCAGUCAUUAAUGCUACUGAUCUGUCACCCAUGAUAGAGAACACUCUCGUCAAAGAAAUCCGAGAGGUUGUGAUGCCAGAUUCGAAGAACAAACCAGUCGAAAUCUCUCUGAAAGUAGCCGAACUACCCACGACAACUCCCAUCGAAACUAUGAUCGCUUCAGGACAGUGUCAAAUGUCCGUGAACGGCGUAGUCGUACAGAAUGGUAUGGCAACGACUCAGGUGAACAACAAGACAGCUACUGGCGAAGAAGUGCCUCAAAACAUUGUUAUCACAACAAGACAACAAUAUGGAUUACCUGAAGAUGCAGUGGUAUAUUGUAAUUUCAAUCAAUUGUACAAGAUCGAUCCACUGACCCUACAUAUGUGGGCAUUUAUCCUGAAACACGUGCCAAACUCUGUCCUGUGGUUACUGCGAUUUCCAGCUGUAGGAGAACCAAACCUACAAGCAACGGCACAACAGCUAGGUCUGUCUCCUGGUAGAAUUCUAUUCAGCAAUGUAGCUGCCAAAGAAGAACAUGUCAGACGAGGCCAGUUGGCUGAUGUUUGCCUUGACACACCCCUUUGUAAUGGACACACCACGAGUAUGGACGUUCUCUGGACUGGAACACCUGUCGUCACGUUACCAGGGGAAACUUUGGCUUCUCGGGUAGCAGCCAGCCAACUCAAUACACUUGGGUGUCCUGAACUAGUAGCACGCACUCGACAAGAGUAUCAAGACAUUGCAGUUCGUUUGGGUACCGAUCGUGAAUACCUGAAAGCCAUCCGUGCCAAAGUAUGGAAGGCACGCUCAGACAGUCCACUGUUCAACUGCAAGAUGUACGCGAUUGGGAUGGAAAUGCUGUAUAAAAAAAUGUGGGAGCGAUUCGCACGGGGCGAAAAGCCUGAUCAUGUUGCUGCUAUUGACAAAACUGAAAGCCAGAAAAUGAAUACCGCCUCUUAAGCGCCAUGGUGAACUUAUUUACGCUUUGAAGCUCUUGUAUCGCAUUCUCGUUAGCUGCUCAAACAGAAAUCUCUUUUAUUCUGAGAACGAAGAAAAAACACAUACAGCUAAUCGACGCUACAGCAGCCACUACUUAUUUCCAACUUAAGCCUCUCGAAUAUCGGUCGAUGACCACCAUUUUGUAUACUAAUCUGACGAGCUUAGGUUAGCUUUUAGAUGUUAAUUUAUAUGAUGAUGAAAUUGACUUGGAGCCUCUAGUUUUCGACGGGACAAUGUAAUCGAACAUGUUGAGUCGAUGGGAAUUCGCACACUUAGGAUUAUAUCAAUCCCUUUUACAUGUUACUCUGUAUUUAUUUAGCAACAUCUUCGUUUCUCUUUUUUAUACUAGAUACCGUUUUUCUCGUUUCUCGGGUCGUGCAAGACCAUUUAGAAACUAUUGAUCGUGUCCUACAUCCUAUCUUCCCCCUCCAUACUCCUGCUGUAAAGAGUUACUGGAAACGACGAAGGUUAUGUAGUUCGCUGAUACGUCAAAUUCACGCACUUAGUUUGAUAUUCAUAUCGAAUAUACCGUGAUCGAUUCUGAACUGAUUCUUUGACGCAAGUACUAUAAGCUAGGCUUUUAAUUUUUGAACCAUUCUCCUCAGCGAGCUUGGGAUAUUUCGUGCACUCUGCUUUCAGCAUCGCGCACUUCUUCGCGAAAUUUAUCUGCACGCAAGCAUACUAUUCCCCCUACCCUUUUGUAAAGAUGAUAAAAAAAAAGUCGCGGGGUGACGUCAAGUGUCAAAUGUGGCUGUACCAAAGUGCGUACAUGUCUGUUAUUAAAGAAUACUAUUGUGUAUGAUAUCGACCGUCUAUUAACAAUACCAAACCUGUAAAUAAUCCAAAUAUAAUUAUUAUUUUAAUUGGAUAGUCUGUAGUAUAUAUUAUCGAGAUCGAAAGUGUGCAAGGAACGAAUUCUGUAGAGCAUAGAUAAUAACGAUGUGAAUCGAGAAAAUAAAAGAAAAAUAGUAUAUAUAA